AAAAAAGGCCGACAUGAAAGGUGGAAGAAAGACAAUCAGCAGAGUUAUCGAAAGGCGAAGCCAGAGAGACAGAUUGUGAAUAGCUAUCAAAUUACCAUCUCAAAGCUCUAUCCUUCUCUCCAUCACACACACAUCUUUGGAUCCUUCUUCCUGUGUCGUACAAUCUGGGGAGAAGCUACAAUGCAUCAAUUCUUCUCGGAUUCUCUCUUUAACUCUUUCCAGGAUGCUAUUGUCCCAUCAGGAGGAUUGUUGCCUGGACAAUAUGGAGUGAAGAAUCAUAAAGAAUAAUAAGAGUGUAGCAAAUAUUAGUGUCUGCUUACGAGGAGGCAUAUUUAAUGGCGUCCACUGAUCUAGGACAUGGUGGUGUAGGCAGUUCAAGGGCAGCGAACAGCUUCAAGGGGUCAUCUAGCUCAGUUGACUGGCUUGGGAGAGAGAUGCUGGAGAUGAGGCUGAGGGACAACAGGCUGGAUCAGGAUGAUGAUAAAGAUAGUGAACCAGAUAUAAUUGAUGGCAAUGGUGCUGAGGCAGGACAUGUAAUAGCAACAACUAUUGGUGGUCGAAGUGGUCAAUCCAGGCAGACAAUUAGUUACAUAGCAGAACAUGUGGUUGGAACAGGUUCUUUUGGUGUUGUUUUCCAGGCAAAAUGUAGAGAAACUGGAGAAAUUGUUGCUAUAAAGAAAGUUCUCCAAGACAAACGCUACAAGAAUAGGGAAUUGCAGAUAAUGCAAAUGAUGGAUCACCCUAACAUUGUUUCCCUCAAGCAUUGUUUCUUUUCAACAACAGACAAGGAAGAACUCUACCUAAAUCUUGUACUUGAAUUUGUCCCUGAGACUGUUAACCGUAUUGCAAGGCACUACAGUAGGAUCAACCAGCGAAUCCCUUUGAUAUAUGUGAAGCUCUAUACCUAUCAGAUCUGCAGGGCACUUGCUUACAUACAUAACUGUGUUGGUAUUUGUCACCGUGAUAUUAAGCCCCAGAACUUACUGGUGAACCCACAUACACAUCUGCUGAAAUUAUGUGAUUUUGGGAGUGCGAAAGUAUUAGUGAAAGGAGAACCUAAUAUUUCUUACAUUUGUUCAAGAUAUUAUCGUGCCCCUGAGCUCAUUUUUGGUGCUACUGAAUACACAACUGCAAUAGAUAUGUGGUCUACAGGUUGUGUGAUGGCAGAACUACUCCUUGGGCAGCAGCCUUUGUUUCCUGGUGAAAGUGGAGUCGAUCAACUAGUUGAAAUCAUCAAGGUUUUAGGUACACCUACCAGGGAGGAGAUCAAAUGCAUGAAUCCAAACUAUACAGAAUUUAAGUUCCCACAGAUUAAGGCUCAUCCAUGGCAUAAGGUUUUUCAGAAACUUUUACCCCCAGAAGCAGUUGACCUUGUCUCCAGGUUCCUGCAGUACUCUCCUAAUCUACGAUGUACAGCUUUGGAAGCUUGCAUUCAUCCCUUCUUUGAUGAAUUAAGAGAUCCAAAUACUCGCCUUCCUAAUGGUCGCCCUCUCCCUCCACUCUUCAAUUUCAAACCACAGGAGCUCUCAGGCAUUCCCCCAGAGAUUCUUGGAAAACUUAUUCCAGCGCAUGCAAGAAAGCAGAACUUAUUCAUGGCGUUACACGUCUAGCAACUUUUGGAGAAUGCUACAACUUGAUCGCACCUCCCCAUUCCAUCAGCAAUCUGAUCCAGCAUGGAGAAAUGUAUAAAUUUUCUGUUUUCUUACUUCCCUUUCAUUACCACUCCCCAAAGCUUUAUUUUCUAUUUUCUGCAUUUUGUUUGUGUUAUUUUCUCCAUUUUGUUUGUGUUACAAAGAAAAUUCCAGAACAAUUUGUGCAGUAGCGAUAGAGUUGGAAACGUAAUGGAAUAGUUGAGCUUCCAAUGAGACAAAUGCUGUUGUGCAUAAUAAUUAGUGACCUCAUAAAUGAGGAAUUAAGGAACACCUCAUAUCUCAGUUUGAGGAUUUAAAACA